AAUCACGAAGAAGAAUUACCUGUAUCUAUGGCAACGGUUUAUAUCAGUGCGCUCGCCUUUUUAGCUUGUUAGCUUCUUCGUAGUAGCUGUUACUCACAAAUUCAAGCCUUAUUUUACUGCCGUUUUUGUCGCUUUUAGUUUCAAACCUCCUAGAAAGUUAAUUUAUACAUUUCAAGUUAUUACAAGUACGACUAAAGAAUCUGUUUGCUAACUCUAGCUAACGAAAAGUGCUAUCUUAGCUAACGCUAAACUAAAAGCCUCUUCCGAAUGUUUACUAGUAAUAUUGAAUAUUAUCUUAAUGGCAGACAGUUGGAACACAGAUACAGGAGAGGCUGUGUAUAGGUCCCGGGAUGCUGUUAAAAACUUGAAAAUAAGGGUGCGUAUAGAGAGGCUGACGUCCACUGCAGCCCUCUCUCAGCACCUCCAGCAGCAGGUGCUGUCCCAGCAAGACAGAGGAGCCAUAGAACUUGAAACCCUCACAUCACAAGGCCAGAAAGGUGAUAAUGAAGAGGAGCUGGUGGUGGGCUGGCAGGAGAAACUCUUCAGUCAGUAUGAGAUGGAGCUGUUUCAGAACGAGUCGGCGUGUCAGACCCCUCUGGACCGUCAGUACCACACAGAGAUCAGGGCCCUGAACAAGGCCAGGAGCCGACGCAAUCACAGGAUUUUCACAUACACUGAUCAUGAUCGUUACACCAGCUGUCUUCCUAUGCAACAACUACAGCACCCUGCUGACUUACUGACAACAACCAAAUCUGGCCCCACAUUCCUGGCUGAGAGGAUGGCCAGCGUGAGAAACAGGCGGCAUGAAAGACGUACCUUAGAUUCUAGUAUCCCUAAGUCAAAGAUCGUCAUGUGGGAGCCCACAGAGGAGUUUGUAAAGAGCAGUCAUGUGGUGAAUAAUGCCAUGCAGACCAUGCACAUCAUGGCAGACCUGGCCCCCCCUGGAAGGCUGGGCCAGAAAGAGAAUGAAUAUUUGCUGUUAACCAUAAAAACCGACGGCAGUGGAACCAUCAUUGCAAAACCUGACUUCAACAAAGGCAAAGAGCCUUACAGGAUUGUAACAGUAGGGGAGAAAAGAGAAGUCUGGCGUCUCAAUGUGGAGAAUGUGUGCACAGCGAUGCAACCAGAGGAGAAGGAGAGGGAGCAGAACAUGUACAAAGACCUUUACGUACGGCAUAAGGAAUACCUAAAUAGCCUUGUUGGACAGGACUUUGAAAUGCCUCCUUUAGGUAUUCUGCGCUACAUGAUGAAUGGAGAGAUAGUCUCAGCCAAAGGCUUUGAGUAUGAUCAUUUAUACAUCCACUUUUUCAUGGAACUGCCCAACAAUUGGUCCAGCCUGCCUUUUCAGUCCCACUCAGGGGUAACACAGACCUGCCGGGCCAGAACGUUAGGGAAGGAGAAUGUAGCUUUCUUCAGUUACCCCUUCAGCUUUGAGGCUUUCUACAUGAGCGAAAAAGAGAGUGAGGAGCCAAUUCCUCAGUGGCCAGUGAUCUACUUUAAGGUCCUUUCUCUGGACUCGUGGCACCGCUACAGAACUGAAGGCUACGGCUAUCUGCUUUACCCUGCCAUGCCUGGUAAAUAUACAAUAACUUGCCAUACGUGGAGACCCGUUCAGACGGGGACAGUCUCCGCACUGAGGCGCUUCUUUGUCGGAGGAUCUCCUGAACUUGAAGACCCCAGCUAUGUCAGAAUACCCGGGACCUUCAAGGGAGAUAGGCUGAGUCGCUUUGGCUUCUGCACAGAAACCACAGGAAGUGUCACCUUUAAUCUGCACUGCAUCCAGCAGGCCAGGGCCUUUGUUGACGCCACAAUGAUGAAGAAGAGGAGGCAGAAAGUUUUUGAACAGCUGGGAGGAUUCAGUCAGCAGGGAGCAGUUUGCACCAUUCUGGAGGCCUUCCAGAGGGCCAGGAAAAAAAUGCAAGAGGCCAGAGAAUGUCUUCCCAGAGACCUCGUCAACACCACCUCCCAUGUUGAAUCCUGAGAUUGAAAUAACAAAAUAGACUAUUAUUCUGGUCAAAUGGCUUACACCUACUAUGAAGAAUAAUAGCAACAUUACCAGCAAGUAUGAUUUACCAUUUGCCAUGUGUUUUGACAGGACUCUGCUGCACUGUAACGAGUGAGAGAGAAGCAAACUGUCCUGUUGUUAUUCAUUCUUUGUAAAGACAGCUUACAUGUUGUUAGGGAUAAUAACUGAGGUAAAUAUGGUUGUAUAUGGUAAUGAACAAAGAGUAUGCGUAUAUGCCUACUGAGUAUGGUAUCCCCAAGCAGUGUACUUUUUUCAGUCAUCAUUUGUCUCAGAUUCAAGUUAACUCUAAAAGGCUUAUUAAAAGUUGGGUAGCAAAAAUAUGGACAUGA